AUGUCAUCCAAUUCCUCCUACAUAGUUCCCCUCUUCAUCCAUGGGGAAGCCCUUCCCACAGCGUCAACCCCGACCUUCUCCGUCACCCAAUCCAUCACUGGCAACACCGUCUACCACGCCGCCUCAGCCACCCCAGACCUUGCCAUCCGUGCCGCCUGCUCAGCACAAACAGCCUUCCAAUCAUGGAAAACGGCAUCGCACGUCACGCGGCGCGAUCUCAUCCUGCGUGUAGCCGCUUACUACGAAGCCCACGCCGCGGACCUCGUCAAGUACCAGAUGCUCGAGACGUCAUGUGAAGAAGCGUGGGCAAAGCAGAACGUCGAUCUUGCUACGAGGUAUCUGAAAGAGAUAGCAGCGUGUGUUAGUAGCGUGAUGGGCGUAAUUCCGCAGAUUGAGAAGCCGAAUACGAUGGGCUUUGUGUUUAAAGAGCCGAUUGGACCCGUGCUAUGCAUUGCGCCUUGGAACGCAGCGCUCAUCCUGGCUACGAGGGGAGUCGCGAGUGCGAUUGCCGCCGGGUGUACAGUGGUGUUUAAGGCGAGUGAGUUGAGCCCGAGGACGCAUUACGCGAUUACGGAGGCGUUUGUGCAGGCCGGUGUGCCGAAGGGCGUGUUGAAUCAGAUUCAGACACGGAGGGAGGAUGCUGCGAAAGUCACUGAGCAGCUCAUCGCCCAUGAGGCUAUCAGGAAGGUGGAGUUUAUCGGCUCUGCGGUGGUAGGGCGGAUUAUUGGGCAGCUAGCUGCGAAGCACUUGAAGCCCGUUCUGUUAGAACUAGGGGGCAAGUGUCCGGCUAUCGUACUAGACGACGCAGAUAUAAAGGAAGCAGCCAAGCUCUGUGCGUUGGGCGCUGUGCUACACCACGGCCAGAUAUGCUUCUCGACCGAGCGCAUCAUCGUCCACGAAGCGGUGGCGGAGAAAUUCCAAGAGCGUCUUGUCAAAGAGAUGGAGAGCGCCGGCAGUCACUCUGGCGCCGCAGUCAGCGAGAGUAUAGCCAAGCAUGCCGAAGACGUGCUGAGAGACUCCGAAGCCGCAGGCGAAACCUUCCUCGUUGGUGGACCUUCGCCCUCGAAGCCCCUCUCGCUCCGCCCUACCAUCGUCCUUAAUCCGAAGAACACGCGCAUAGUAGAUGAAGAGACAUUCGGACCCAGCGCAUCCCUCUACGUCGUGCCAUCGGACAUCGCGGCUAUUGAGCUAGCGAAUCGCUCAGCAUACGGACUGAAUGCGACCAUCUGGAGCAGCAACAUGGAAAGGGCGCUGAAGAUGGCACGGGAGCUUGAGUAUGGCCAGGUGCAUGUGAACAGCAUUAGUGUCUACACGAGUCCCACGGCAAGUCAGGGUGGCGUGAAGGGCAGUGGGUUUGGGCGGCAGAAUGGCAAGUGGGGACUGGAGGAAUUUUUGGUAGACAAGUUCGUUAGCUGGCAUGGGAAGGCAUAG